AUGACGAUCCCAGACGAAGUCGACAUCAUUAUCUGCGGCGGCGGUAGUUCAGGGUGUGUCCCUGCCGGCCGUCUCGCCAAUCUUGAUCACAACCUCUCUGUGUUGUUGAUCGAGGCCGGUGAAGAUAACCUGAACAACCAAUGGGUAUAUCGUCCCGGUAUCUAUCCAAACAACAUGAAGCUUGAUUCAAAGACAGCCUCUUUUUAUCACUCAAGACCAUCUGAGCAUCUGGAUGGACGUAAAGCUAUUGUUCCAUGUGCGAAUAUUCUUGGAGGUGGUAGCUCAAUCAAUUUUAUGAUGUAUACCAGAGCGUCGGCCUCCGACUAUGAUGACUUCCAAGCCAAGGGAUGGACCACCAAGGAACUUCUGCCUCUGAUGAGGAAGCAUGAGACAUAUCAGCGAGCCUGCAACAACCCCGAGCUGCACGGCUCUGAUGGCCCUAUCAAGGUCUCAUUUGGCAACUAUACCUACCCCAUCAAAGACGAUUUCCUUCGUGCGGCGGAGUCCCAAGGCAUUCCAGUCACGGAUGAUCUGCAAGACUUGAAAACUGGACACGGCGCCGAGCACUGGUUGAAGUGGAUCAACCGCGACACAGGACGACGAAGUGAUGCUGCUCAUGCUUAUGUCCACAGUACUCGAGCCAAGCACUCCAACCUACAUCUCAAGUGCAAUACCAAAGUCGACAAGGUAAUCGUUGAGAAUGGACGCGCCGUUGGUGUCGUAACUAUCCCCACCAAGCCCCUCAACGGAGGGGAGCCAGUCCGCAGGAUCUUUCGGGCGCGAAAGCAAAUCAUCAUCAGCGCUGGUACACUCAGCUCACCCCUGAUCCUCCAGAGAUCUGGAUUCGGUGACCCAGACAAGCUUCGCCGAGCAGGUGUUACUCCCUUGGUGAACUUGCCUGGAGUCGGUCGCAACUUCCAGGACCACUACCUGACGUUCUCUGUCUACCGCGCAAAGCCAGACGUUGAGUCAUUUGAUGACUUCAUUCGUGGUGAUCCUAAGGUUCAGAAGAAGGUCUUUGAGGAGUGGGAUAAGAAGGGCACUGGCCCUCUCGCGACUAACGGUAUCGACGCUGGUGUAAAGAUCCGUCCAACUCAGCAGGAACUGAGUGAGAUGAAGAAGUGGCCUACUCCUGACUUCGUUGGUGGUUACGACUCUUAUUUCAAGAAUAAGCCUGAUAAGCCUGUUAUGCAUUAUUCUAUCAUCUCCGGCUGGUUUGGAGACCACAUGCAUAUGCCACCCGGAAAGUUCUUCACCAUGUUCCAUUUCUUGGAAUAUCCUUUCUCUCGUGGAUUCACCCACAUCCAGUCUGCCGAUCCCUAUGAGGUGCCCGACUUCGAUGCAGGUUUCAUGAACGACAAGCGCGAUAUGGCCCCCAUGGUAUGGGGGUACAUCAAGUCCCGCGAGACUGCCAGACGUAUGAGUGCGUACGCUGGUGAGGUAACUGGCAUGCAUCCCCAGUUCUCUCACAGCUCAUCCGCUCGAGCGCUGGACAUGGAUCUGGCUGUUACAAAGGCAUACGCUGGUAAGAACCAUAUUUCAGCUGGUAUUCAACACGGGUCUUGGACUCAGCCAUUGGAACCUGGAAAGCAGCCUUCCGCUUCCAUCCUCAACUCCAAUAAGCACGAGGCUCGCGACCCUCUGAACUACAGCGAUGAGGAUAUCAAGCACAUUGAGAAGUGGAUUCAACGUCACGUUGAGACAACCUGGCACUGUCUCGGUACAUGUAGCAUGGCUCCACGAGAGGGCAGCUCGAUUGCGCCGCAAGGUGGUGUUGUCGACGAACGCCUGAAUGUUCACGGUGUGAAGGGCCUCAAAGUCUGCGAUCUGUCGAUCUGUCCCGAUAAUGUGGGCUGCAACACUUUCAGCACUGCGCUGCUAAUUGGCGAGAAGUGUGCCAUACUCGUGGCGGAGGAUUUGGGAUACUCUGGCGCAGAUUUGGAUAUGAGAGUGCCAAAUUACCAUGCCCCUGGCGAAUUCUCUCACCUUUCUCGUCUUUGA